AUGGAUGAUACAUCGACACUUUUCCUCUCUAUCGGGCUCAGUGAGCAGAAAGUGAAGGAAACAUUGAAAAAUGCGGCGUUGAGUACGACCCUGAAGAAUGCAAUCGUCCAGGCUCGCAGUGUCAACGGAGCAACAGAAGUGGACAAAGCAACGGGUACACUGUUGUAUAGCAUGGCCUCUCGACUCAAAGACUCAAAACGUCUGGUGUUCCUUGUGGAAAAUAUAGCUCAACGCAAAAUAACCACAGAGCAACAACUCGCAGCUGCUUUGGAAUAUGUGAAGACUCACCCUCAGGACCCCAUUAAUCAGAGAGAAUUUAAUGAAGCCUGUGGAGUGGGUGUGGUCAUAACACCAGAACAGAUCGAAGAUGGCGUGGAGUCUGUGAUCAAAAAGCACAAAGAACAGCUUGAAAAAGAGAGGUACCACUUCAACAUGGGCCUGCUAAUGGGAGAUGUACGCUCUGCUCUAAAAUGGGCUGAUGGGAAAGCUCUCAAAAAUGAGGUGGACAUGCAGGUCUUGCACCUUUUAGGACCCAAGACAGAGGCUGACCUGGAGAAGAAAUCAAAGCCCCAGAAAAAUAAGGCUGAGAGCGAGGUGACGGUGAAAAAAGAGGAAGUGGCAGUGAAUGGUGAGGCCACACAUGUGGAAGGAAAGUCACUAAUGGAGCAGCUCAGAGGAGAAGCCCUGAGGUUCCACAAACCAGGUGAGAACUAUACAACUGAGGGCUAUGUGGUUACACCAAACACGAUGAACUUGCUGAAAAAGCACUUGGAGCUUUUUGGUGGACAGAUACGUACCCGUUUCCCUCCUGAGCCCAAUGGUAUUCUUCACAUUGGACACGCCAAAGCCAUCAACUUUAAUUUUGGUUAUGCAAAGGCAAACAAUGGAAUUUGUUACUUGAGGUAUGAUGACACCAAUCCUGAGAAGGAGGAGGAAAAAUACUUCACUGCCAUAAAGGAUAUGGUGGAGUGGCUCGGUUACACGCCAUAUGCUGUUACACAUGCGUCGGACAACUUCCAGCAACUCUAUGACCUUGCACUGGAUCUGAUUCGCAGGGGUCAUGCGUAUGUGUGCCACCAAAAGGGAGAAGAGCUGAAGGGCCACAAUACUCCUCCGUCACCGUGGAGAGACCGUCCAAUUGAAGAAUCAUUGGUUUUGUUCGAGAGAAUGAAAAAGGGGAUGUUUGCAGAAGGAGAGGUUACACUCAGGAUGAAGAUGGUGAUGGAAGAUGGGAAAAUGGACCCCGUCGCAUACCGGAUAAAAUAUACACCGCAUCAUCGAACAGGAGAUGAAUGGUGCAUUUAUCCCACCUAUGACUAUACCCACUGUCUGUGUGACUCAAUUGAAAAUAUCACACACUCUCUCUGCACCAAAGAGUUCCAAGCCAGGCGGUCAUCAUAUUAUUGGUUAUGUAAUGCUCUGGACCUGUAUUGCCCCGUUCAAUGGGAGUAUGGCCGUCUGAACCUCACUUACACAGUCGUGUCCAAGAGGAAGAUCAUCAAAUUGGUGGAGACAGGAGUGGUCAGAGAUUGGGACGACCCUCGCCUCUUUACUUUAACCGCACUUAGAAGAAGAGGCUUUCCACCAGAGGCAAUCAACAACUUCUGUGCUCGGGUGGGAGUCACGGUUUCGCAGACGACAACUGAACCGCAUCUUCUCGAAGCAUGUGUCAGGGAUGUGCUCAAUGAGACGGCCCCACGAGCAAUGGCUGUGCUGGAACCUCUUAAAGUUACCAUAGUGAACCUUCCUGAGGGCUCAAAGUCAGAAGUAGGAGUGCCAGACUUCCCUGCUAAUGAGGCCAAGGGCAGCCACACUGUGCCAUUUAAAAGCACCAUCUUCAUUGAACAAAGUGACUUCAAAGAGGUAAUGGAGAAGGGCUACAAGCGUUUGACGCCAGAACAGCCUGUAGGCCUGAGGCAUGCUGGGUAUGUCAUCUCUGUAAAGAAAGUCAUCAAGGACGCUCAGGGAAAAGUUCUGGAACUUGAGGUUAGCUGCUGCAGCACUGAUACGGCAGAGAAACCAAAGGCCUUCAUCCACUGGGUCAGCCAGCCACUUACGUGUGAAGUGCGCCUCUAUGACCGGCUAUUCCUACAUAAACAUCCUGAGGAUCCAGCUGAAGUUCCUAACGGCUUCCUGAGUGACAUCAACCCAAAUUCUAUGCAAGUGAUCAACAGUGCCUUAGUUGAUACUUCGGUCAAGGGAGCAAAAGUUCUUGACAAAUUCCAGUUUGAAAGAGUUGGCUACUUCUCCGUGGAUCCUGACAGCACUGCAGACAAGCUGGUCUUCAACCGAACAGUUACUCUCAAAGAGGAUCCGGGAAAGAUCUGA